CGCCCAGCACUCGCCGUUCUGACAGUUUGAGCUUACUUUUAGCUUUUUCUGGCAAGACUAGAAACAUGUCCGAGACCGCUCCCGUGCCUCCCGCAGCACCCGCACCUGCGGAGAAGACACCUGUGAAGAAGAAGGCAAAAAAGGCUGGUGCCGCUGCUGGGAAGCGCAAGGCCUCCGGGCCCCCGGUGUCCGAGCUCAUCACCAAGGCCGUGGCCGCCUCCAAGGAGCGCAGCGGCGUGUCCCUGGCCGCGCUCAAGAAGGCGCUGGCGGCCGCUGGCUACGACGUGGAGAAGAACAACAGCCGCAUCAAGCUGGGCCUCAAGAGCCUGGUGAGCAAGGGCACCCUGGUGCAGACCAAGGGCACCGGCGCCUCCGGCUCCUUCAAGCUCAACAAGAAGGCGGCCUCCGGGGAAGCCAAGCCUAAAACAAAAAAGGCGGGAGCCGCCAAGGCUAAGAAGCCAGCCGGCGCGGCCAAGAAGCCCAAGAAAGCGCCGAGCGCCGCCACCCCCAAGAAGACCGCCAAGAAGACCCCAAAGAAGGCGAAGAAGCCCACCACUCCUGCAGGUGCCAAGAAGGUGGCCAAGAGCCCCAAAAAGGUGAAAGCUGCUAAGCCAAAGAAGGCUGCGAAGAGUCCGUCUAAGGCCAAGGCCCCAAAGCCCAAGGCAGCUAAACCUAAGGCGGCUAAGCCCAAGGUUUCCAAGGCCAAGAAGGCGGCCCCCAGGAAGAAGUAAGAUUGGAGCGGGACGUCCUGCUUUUAAAAUCUCAACGGCUCUUUUCAGAGCCACCCACAGAUCUCACUAAAAAGAGCUGAGCUGGUCUGGACAUACAUAAGAACGUGUUCUUAGUUUUGGCCCUAACAUUUUAAGUUUAGAAUUUGAACUCCCGCCUUGUCAUGUGAUUGGCCAUUUUAAUGCGCAUGGCGCCACCGCUGCGCGCAUGGUUAGACUUACUAAUGCAGCCCAGUCCAAUGCAGCCGGUUGGCCUAAGAAGGGCUUUUGUGUUGCGUUUUCUACUUGCUGGCCUAUGCUUUUGGCUGACUCGAUUCAUGCGAUAUUAACUUUCUAAGAGGUAUCCGAGUCAGAUUACCAACCCCUGCUGCCAAGUGAACUGGCGAGCGGUAGUGUGUGGUUCCCGCAAUAUUGCAAGUGUAAUCCGGGUACGAGGAAUGCUAACCCUGGGCUCUGUUUUUGUUUCCCCCACCCAGGAUUAUUACCAAAGCAACUGUCAAGACAAUGGGGGGAAAAAGUAGUCUGGCAGUUUCGUUGAAGUUGGUUUCCUUUUUGUCUGCUGGGCUGUUUAGAUUUAUCCAAUCAGGACGUGCCUUUUGGCAUGCCUGGGCGUGCAAUUGGAAGUGCACCAAUGACAUCUAGAAUAUACUUCAUGUUAACUAGGGGUCUGUGGAAGAUCAGGUUUGUUAGUGGAAAAUGAAAUUCUUUUAGAAGAUUGCUUAUUGUUGUCAUACUAUCAUAGCAUUAAUUAUUGCAGCCAUCAUGCCAAAGUUUAGUGUAAAUAGUAAAGAGCAUCUUUUGCAGUUUAGAGUCUAAUUUUGGUUUUCUCAUUGCUGAGAAUCUAGGAAGCCAGUGUUGGUUUAUUCAGUUAGUAAACACGGAAUGGUGGAGCAACACAACAAAAAGCUUUGAGAAGGUGGAAAUGCUACUGUGUUCUUCACACAUCAAGUUUUUUUUUU